CUCACUGGUUGAUUUACGCACAGGUCCAGUGCUUCUUCGGCUUCCAGAUCGCCAUCGAGGUCAGCGAUUCAGUGCAUAACUUACACUUCACGUUGCGCUAUCGCCACGAUGACGUCGACGAGCUGUUUUGCGGGAAGCGGGCACCUUCGUGCCGACGACGUUCUACUUCAGAUAGCAGUACCUCACCAAAUGCAGUAGUUUACUCUUGGAGUACACGCCAACUCCUUGGCCAUCCCCGAGGACUGGUUGGCGUGUCUGAGGUGGAGUUCUAGAACUCUGGAAGCCCAAAGUACGGGAGAGAUCCUCGAAACCGGCAUUCCAUAUACUGCAUCUCGAAGUUUCUCGUCGCACCGGGACGGGCUACCUUCGGCCGGGCAAAACAAUAGACUAUCGUUCCAAAGAGGACUACCGGUCACGGCGACGCGUCGAUGGCGCGGGGUGUCCGAAAUUUGAUUUCCACACAGGUCUGUAGUCGGCGUCUCCGAAGCCGACGCGACGUCAUUUUCACAUAGGAAUCCUCUGCACUCGUGCGGCGUAGACGCUUCCGUACUACUUCGGUUAUGCGAGGGCCAUUGUUCGCCGCGACGCCGUCGACGCUUCCGGCGAGAAAUUGGAAAUCGUGGUUCCAGGUGCGUGAUUCAUGGGCGGUGCCGAUUGUUUCCAUUAAAUUUGCGGGAAAUGGGGAAGUGCAAUUCCCACGAGGCCUGCGGCCUAACUUCAGUGGCGCUCCAAAGCCGCGAAAAUGAAUUGUCGUUCCUCGUACUGGACGACGCCAAAUUCCGGGCGCUCGUAUGGCAUGGAGGUGUACACCGAUCAGCGGCGUCGUUCUGUGGACUGCAUCUGCUCGAUGGCGUGGAGGUUGCCCGUACGUCGUCGUUAUUUGGUGCCGCCGGACCUGCAAUUUGUGUCCUGUUUCGACGAAUUACAAGAUCGACGUGCCCGAGAUCACGCCCGGGCCACCGACCAGAGGUAGGGCCACCGGUCCGGCUCAUUUAUGGAGACGUCGCCGGUUUGCGGAACGGCGGCGCGCGCACCCCUUACAUCAUUGCGGCGAUGGCGUGAGGGCGGCGUUGUUCGAGGAGGCCCAUGCCUCACCGCCGCAACGCGUCGCGAUCUCCUCGACGGCGCGCAUCAAUCGGCACUUCGCCGCGCCCCGAACCAGGACUAGCCUCUGCUAACAGUUCCUUUUGUGUUACUCGACGACGCCUAUCGCAGCGACCCGCCACGCAUAGUAGGCGUAACUACCACGCGACACAAUGAACUCGAAUACAGACCGUGACAUACAUUUGGUACGACGCCUGGCGGUCUUCGGCGUCCGGCCGUCAAUGGCGCCCUGGCCGUCGCAGAUGCGUACCGUAGGCGCCCGCCGAAGCGCAACACUAGCCGCCACGCGAAGGCUUAGAGGAGCGCGGCGCCCGCCAAGACAACGCGGGCGUCACGGUCCUAGUCGUGGCGACGAGGCCCGGAGCCGUCGUCGAUGUGCCGCGUCGCAUGUGGGGCGGCACUGCCUCGACUCCCGUCGACGGAGUCGAAGGCGGCAGAUUGUGAUCAGCAGGGUCCGGAACGCGUCGUCGCGACCGCGUGCGCGGCGAUGGUCGCCGCGACGAACUCGUCCGUGGUCGUGGAAGAUUGUUCUACUGUCUCGCCACCCAGGUACUGAACCUUCCGAGCCGUUGACCGUCGCCCGCGCACGCGGCGACGAGGACGCGUCGCGUCUCAAAUGCGCAAGAGAAUGGGCUAGUCGUCGCUUCGAGAUUCAGCGUCGGCCUGGCAGCAGUAGAGCGACGUCGUCGCCUACCCGUAGUGCUCGCUGCGCUCGGUAGGACUACUGAGUUGUUUGCGCGUGCCCGAGCCGUUUCAGGUCGAGGCUUGGUCCCUUCUGCCACCGCACAGACGUCCGACGUGGAGGUGGUAGAUUUGCUCUUUGCUCUUUCGGCGGUCAUCACGACGUGGCGUUACGGGGUCGUGUCGUCGCGCGCGUCGCGAUCGAUAUAUAGGCUGCCCCCUCGCUUGUGGCGGCAGCUUCGGGGAAGCGCCUCCGCGAGUCUCACGGGGCUGCCUCAGGGUGAUGUCGAGGGCCCGUCGGAGGCGCUCAAGCGUCGGGAGCAGCCCAACUGGGCGACGUCGACGCAAAAAGCAAAAAGCCGACCCGCAUUUUUGCACUAGCCAUUGGCACUAGCUCGGCCGCAGCUGCUCUGCAAGGACGCCAACUCCCGCGCCGCUCUCGUCCCUUGGCCAGGCGGCACCCCCCUGAGCCUCGCGGGCAGGGGACCCAAUCACCAGACGAUGAUUUGCUAGUGUCUCACAGGACGCUAGCCUGGCACCCUGUCAUGCUGAGCCUUAACAAAUCAGCCUCGUCACCGCCGCGCAAAGCAAUGCGCUGCCUGUCAAUCGUCCUGGUCCUCGUCGCCGCCGCUGCCUUCACUCCGAAGACAACGCGCGGCGGCCUGGGCCUCUCUACUACUACCAAGCCUGCUGCUCUCCUGAGCACUGCCACACUCCAAGAAGAAGCCGUCAUCGUCUAUCCCCCCGACGACAAGAUGCCGCCGAAGCUCACCCUCGCGCUCCCGAUCCGCGAGACGCAGACGCAAACGGCGCUCCUCGACGCGGGCGACAUUCUCGCAUCGCUAGCGCGGCAGCCUGUACCGGUGAGAUUAACAACAGACGACGAUAUCAACACGUUCGAAGCUAGGGCCUUCGCGGCCGCCGACCACGGCGGCGUGCUGACGCUGUUGCGUGAAGGUGCCACGAACUAUAUCGAGACGUGGGCGCUCACGCAUCAUCUAGACGUCGUCGGCGACCACUCCACCGGUCGGAAGCGGGCUUCAGUAGUCACUGCGAUGGAGCGAAGAGUAGCCGCGGUCAGCGCCAAGUUGUCUCAGGGCGAGCAGUUGACGCACGGCCUCGACAAAGCUGCCGAGGAGUGGCUCGAUUUAGUAUGCGUCUCGAAGACGUCACUGGAGCUGAGAGCCCCAUUCGACGAGCUCGCCAAGUCCUACAUGUACUCGGGUGGCGACGGCUGCGGUACGGAGUCCGGUCGCAUGUUGAUUUCUGGGCCCGCCUCGCUCCUCUACAAGGUCCAGCAGUGGAUGUCGCGCCGGGGCCACUUGCCUUUAUAUAUACAACAGGCCGCGGCAUGCUUCUUCGCGGAGCACAGUCUUUCUCAAAGACAAUUCGUCGGCAUGGGCCAGCCGAUCUUGUUAGGUUUGGACAGCGAUGUCCGGGACGCCCUCUGCGAGGCCAAGGACCAGUGGGCGGGGGUCUUCGCCGAGGGCCUCGCGACGGGCUUCAAGGGCGUCCUCGUGGUGGGCAUGCACGGCCCGGACUACCGGGUCUGGGCGAACAAGCACAGCCUGCCGGACGCGCACGUGAUCGACUGGAGCGGCCUCGGCGCCGACGACUUCUCUGAGAGGGAUGGCGUGGUGCGGUCGCGGGCCUUCCAGGAAAUCUUCGACGCGUGCCGCGCGCACGGCGUGCUGGGGAGCGGCGACGAGGAGUUGUUAGUCGGCGCCCUGCACAACUUGAAGCGCGGCGUCACGGACUUGAUCGAGGCGCUCGAGAUUUCGAACGUCGUACCCCUCGGCGGCGGCGUGUUCAAGGUGCGCGGCAACCCGCGCGCCUGCGAGAAGCUCAAGGCGUGGCCCGCGGAUCUGCCGGCCGCUGUGGCGUUGCGGAACGCGCUGGCGCCGUUGAUGCGCGUGGAUGCGUUUUUAGAAGCGUGCAAGUUCGUGCCCGUAGCGGACAGUGCACAAAUCAAAUCACGCCGUCGACGCCAUCGACGCGACUCACUGGUCGAUUUAUGCACAGGUACCGGAGGAGGAGUGGGGCGACGUCGUCGACGUCGACUCGUUCGGCAAGCAGGGCUACGUGCCGGGGCGCUUCCUCAACGCGGACAAGACGGCCCGGCUGACGGCGCAGAACGACCCGGACCGCGGCCGCGUCUUCUGCGGCCACUGCAACACGGAGCAAGACUCAAAGAAGGACGGCCAGAGAACUGCCUGCGGCGUCUGCUCCCGGACCACGUUGCUGACGAUCCUCAAGGAGCCGUCGGGCAAGUGGGCCUAGAGAGUGGGCCGUCUGAAGCAUCGACUCGUCGGACUCAAGGCUGCACAAGCGCCGGCGAGAACCCCUCCUGACUUACUUAUCCCUUCCCCUGACUAAUAUUCGUUCUGG